AUGGUUUCCAUUGCAACAGAAAAUAUUACUCAACUUUACAACGCUAUGACCACCCCAGAGCUCAAAAUGAAUCUGGCAGAUUUCCACAAUGCUUCAGGAGUGUAUCAAACAAAUGGAUCUGGAUGCAUAGAUUCAGAUGCCUGGAACUGGCUCUACACAUUUCAGCCUGGAUUCCUCUGGUUUAUAUUUAUUCUGGGAGCAAUAGAAAAUGGAUUUGUCCUCAGCGUCCUGUGUUUCCACAAGAGUCGCUGCACGGUGGCUGAAAUUUACUUAGCAAACAUGGCUCUUGCUGACCUGAUGUUAGUCUGUGUUCUACCUUUCUGGGCCAUUACUAUUUCUAAUAAGUUUGAAUGGCCUUUUGGCCUAUUCCUCUGUAAAGCCGUCAACUCAAUUAGUUACAUGAACUUUUAUUCUAGCAUUUAUUUUCUGACACUAGUAAGCAUCGACCGCUAUCUGGCCUUGGUGAAAACCAUGUCUCUUGGACGGAUGCGACGAACUGUCUGUGCCAAAUGGAACAGCUUCAUAGUCUGGAUGUGUGCAUUGCUCAUAUGUUCUCCUACAAUCAUGUUCCGAAAUAUACGGUAUUUUGAAGAAUACAAUAUCACGGCCUGUUCCCUUGACUAUCCAGCCAACUACUGGCACCCUAUAAACAACUGCCUGCUUAAUAUUGUGGGCUUUGUGAUCCCACUCUGUGUAGUUGCCUAUUGCACCAUUGAAAUCAUCAAGGCCUUACGAAGUAAUGAGUUACAGAAACUCAAGUUAAUCCAGACAGAGAGGAGAGCCACUAUGCUGGUCCUUGCUGUGCUUUUUCUGUUUAUUAUUUGCUGGCUUCCAUUCCAGAUCAGCACAGUAAUCGACACAGUCUCUUAUCUAACAGACACUUUUGAAUGCCUCGGAGACAUCAAUGAAAUAGUGACCCAGGUAGCAACGUACUGUGCCUUUAGCAACAGCUGCUUGAACCCAGUCCUGUAUGUUAUUGUAGGGAAGCACUUCCAAAAGAAGGCUGUGGAGUUCUAUAAGGACUUGUUCCCAAACAGGUGCAAAAAAUCACAGUCUGUGAAGAUGGAAAACUCCCUGGACACUUUAAGAACUUCUAUUUCCAGUGAAUGCUCAAGGAAAAAGUCAGUUGUCCCAUUACCACGAUAG